AUGGCGGCGGUGUUAAAUACAUUUGUAAACUCUUUCACUAAGAGACUGUAAGUAUUUUUUCUUAAACAGCCUUUGUCGAAUGUCGAACAUUUCUGUUGAAACGAUACUUCCAUCAUCGUCGUUCUAACUUUCUCAUUUCUUUUUUUUGUUGGUUUCUCAUAGCUGUAGCCAUAUCGUGAUUUUCGAAAUAUAUGUAGUAAUGUUAUAAAUCACAAGUUGCAAAUGUUUAAUAAAAAUGUUUUAUAAAAAUUGGUCGAAUUUUUUUUUUUACGCAACUUUGAAUAAAAGCAAUUAACAUGAUAUGCGAUUUUUCGUUAUCUACGUUACUCGUACGUUGCGUGGCCUUCGAACAUAUACAUAUGUAUAUUCCGGAACUUUAUUAAUGUGAAUAUUUUAUGUAGUGAAACUUUAUUUGCGAGCAUAGUAUGAUGUAUGACGUGUUACUAGUUACAUCGAGCGUGAAGUUGCAACUACUACUACUUCCUUUUUUCACAAAUAGUUCUUACUUCUUUUCUGAUACUAGUUUUAAUACUUACUAACUUUCACUUCAUUCUUAAAUUUCAUUUAUAUUAUUAGUUUUAUUCUUGUUGCGAUAUCAUAAGAUAACUUUCCUUAUGGAAAAUUCCUAAAUAUAUAGAAAAUAUGAGAAAAAUUUAUAAUUGCAGGGAGCCUCCUGUUAGACAACACUUAAAAAAUGUCUAUGGGUGUCUGUCUAUGUCAACACUAUCGGCUACCGCAGGAGUUUACAUUCACAUGUACUCAGAGCUGUUGCAAGCUAAUUUAUUAACAACUCUUGGUACAUUGGGUUUGCUUUUUGCUUUGAUCAGUACACCAGACAAUGGGAAAAAUCAAAAGUUACGACUUAGUUAUCUUCUGGGAUUUGCAUUCUUUUCUGGACUUGGUUUGGGUCCUUUACUUCAAUUGGUUAUGAGUGUCAAUCCAAGUAUUAUUGCAACAGCAUUGGUUGGAACAACCGUUGUAUUUAUGUCAUUUAGUAUUUCCUCUCUUUUGGCUAAAAGAGGACGUUGGUUAUAUCUUGGUGGUAUUUUAAUUAGCUUGCUAAAUAUUAUGGUUCUGUUUUCAUUUGUGAAUCUGUUAUUACGCUGGUCUCUUUUCUACCAAGCCCAUUUGUACAUUGGACUGUUUUUAAUGUGCGGUUUCGUUAUUUAUGAUACGCAAUUGAUUAUUGAGAAAUACCACAUGGGCAGCAAAGAUUUCAUCCUACAUUCUUUAGAUCUAUUUGUAGAUUUCAUUGGUAUUUUCCGCUACCUCCUCAUAAUCCUCACGCAAAAGGUAAAAAUCAUAAACCAUACAUGCACAUAAUCUAUAUAUUAAUCUGUAUAUAUGAAAUAUAAAUUUUCAAAUAUCUGAUAAAUAUGAGCUACUAUGAUGAAGUGAAUGUGAAAUAUUAGUGUGGAUGAUGAAUGAUUCAGGAUUGAGCACAAAAAUUGAAUGUUUAAUUUAGAGUACUGGUUAUAGAUGAAAAAAAAAUCUGAAAAUAUACACGAGAUUUGAGUCACAUAGUACUACAUAAUAAAAAUGCAUGUUAUGUGGAUCACGGAUAGAAUCAGUAGAUCGUAGAAUACAGUUAUAGCUUAUAAUAAAGGAAAUAAUAAUUCAAGAUUUUUUUUCAAUUAUUUUAACUCUAUUUUUACAUUAAUCAUUUUACAGUUUUCAUCUUUUUCAACUAUGUUUAAUAUGUUUAAUAUGUGAAGUAUUCACACGUAUGACACAUUCUUAUCAUGAAUGAUAUGGUAACUCAAAUUUCACUUAUGUACGUACUUAGAAUUAUUUCUUAAUCGUAAUCAGUUCUCUAAACUAAACAUGUAAUCUCUUUCCUUUCAUUCAGAAUUAUCACAUAUAUUACAGGGAGCAGAUAAAAUGUUACAAAAUAUUUAUAAUAGCUUUCUAAUCUCCGAAACUAUUAUAGAUAUCAACUUGAAAGUUUGAGAUGUUAAAUGAUGCGAUUAACAUUUUAGUGUACAAGAUAUGGGAACUUUUAUCUGAAGCGAUUUUCUUUUUUGUCCUAUGUUAAUUAAGAAGUUACUUUGCGAAGAAUACUUUACACAAAGAAGUUUCAUGUACAUCAAAAGAUAACAAAGGAAUUUAUUCUGCUUUAAAUAUUAUGUUAAUGUAUAUAUUACAUUUCUUAAAUAUUAAUAGAAAUGAAUAAACAUUAUCUUUUUUUUAUGAGUAUGAAUUCGAAGUAAAUCUCUUCAUAGAAAUUGUUCUCUUGGGCGUAUCCGAAACCCAAUACUAAGGAUAAAUAUUUAUCUGCUCUAUUUUCUUCGAAUGUAAACAUUUCGAAUUUGUAUUUUUGUUUAUAAAACAAAAACAAUAUUCAUUCAUUUUUAUUAACACUUAAGAAAUACAAUAACACACUUUUAAAAAUGGGAUGGCAUUCUUUUCACUUCUAAAGAACUUAUCCCCAAAUUAUCUUACAUAAUACUAAAAUAAUUUGCAUCUUUGCAUCAUUUAAAUUUCAAGUCGAUAUCCAUAAUGUUUCGGAGAAAGUUUGUAACAUUUUAUUUGCUCCACUUUAUAUGUCGGUGUAAUUUAUUUCAUCACAGUAAAUCAUGCUCAUCGCAUGGUACAAUUUACUAAUAUGUAUUUAUUAUUUUUAUUCAUUAUAGGAAAUAUCAAAAGAUCAGCGUAAACGCAGAGAUUAA